GGGCUGAGCGGCUGAGGCGCCGCGCGGUCAUGGCCCCCACCAAGCCCUGGGGAGAGUGGUUCCUGGGCCUGCGGGUGCCGCCCGCCGGCGUCUUCGGGGUGGCCUUCCUCGCCCGGGUGGCCCUGGUUUUCUACGGCGUCUUCCAGGACCGGACGCUGCUCGUGCGGUACACGGACGUCGACUACCGGGUGUUCACGGACGCCGCGCGCUUCGUCACCGAGGGGCGCUCCCCGUACCUGCGGGCCACGUACCGCUACACCCCGCUGCUGGGCUGGCUGCUCACGCCCAACGUGUACCUGUGCGAGCUCUUCGGGAAGUUUCUGUUCAUCAAAUGCGACCUGCUCACCGCCUUCCUCCUCUACCGCCUGCUGCUCUUCAAGGGGCUGGGCCGGCGCCGGGCUUGCGGCUACUGUGUCUUCUGGCUCCUUAACCCGCUGCCCAUGGCGGUGUCCAGCCGCGGCAACGCCGACUCGAUGGUGGCGGCGCUGGUGCUGGCGACGCUGUACCUGCUCGCGAGGAGGCAGGUGGCGUGCGCCGCGGUGUCGUACGGCCUCGCCGUGCACAUGAAGAUGUACCCGGUGACCUACAUCCUGCCCAUCGCCCUGCACUUGCUCCCGGAGCGCGGCGGCCACCCCGGUGACCCCGGCGGGCCCCGCUGCCCCUUCCAGGCCCGCCUGUACGAAUUCCUCAAGAGGCUGUGCAGUCGGGCCCUGCUGCUCUUCGUCGCCGUCGCCGGGCUCACGUUUUUCGCCCUGAGCUUCGGCUUCUACCAGAAAUACGGCUGGGAGUUUCUGGAGCACACCUACCUGUACCACCUGACGAGGCGGGACAUCCGGCACAACUUCUCGCCCUACUUCUACAUGCUGUACUUGACCGCGGAGAGCCCGUGGAGCUUCUCCCUGGGCCUCGCCGCCUUCCUGCCGCAGUUCCUCCUGCUGUCGGCCGUGUCGUUCGCCUACUACAGGGACCUCGUCUUCUGCUGUUUCCUGCACACGGCCAUCUUCGUGACUUUUAACAAAGUCUGCACCUCCCAGUACUUUCUUUGGUACCUCUGCCUGCUGCCCCUGGUGAUGCCGCUGGUGAGGAUGCGGUGGAAACGCGCCGUGGUUCUCCUGAUGCUGUGGUUCAUCGGGCAGGCCCUCUGGCUGGCUCCUGCGUACCUCCUGGAGUUUCAGGGAAAGAACACCUUUCUGUUUAUCUGGUUAGCUGGUUUGUUCUUCCUUCUUAUCAACUGUUCCAUCCUAAUUCAAAUUAUUUCCCAUUACAAGCAGGAACCCCUGGCGGAGAGAAUCAAAUAUGACUAA